AUGGCCCGGUGGGGCCGCGCACAGCAGGACCCCGAGUGGGCGCCCGAGGCCUGGCAGAGCGCGGGCCCCGAUCCCGGCGCGGGCCCCGGCGGGGCGGCCCCGGCGGCGCUGUCGCUGCGGGCGGUGGCGGCGGCGGAGCGGCGGCUGGAGCGGCUGGAGCGGCGCGUGGCGGGGCUGGAGCGCGCGGUGCGGGCCGGCGGGGCCCGGCUGGCCGCGCUCCUGAGGGACAACUCCCGCCGCCUCCGCCGCAUCCAGCGCCAGCUCCGCCGCUGCCGCUGCGGGGGGAACCGCACCGGCACCGGCGCCGCCCGGGAGCGGACACAGGUGCCGGCAGCAGGCGAGGGUGAGGCGGGCACUCUGCCGGAGCAGGAGCUGGGGAGCGUGGACAGCCGGGAGCUCCGUGGGAUUGCCGGGAAGGGGAAUUAUGAGGCCAUGGUCCCUCUCAGUGAGGAUCACUCAGACCAUGUCAGAGGCAUCGUCAUCCCUGGGCUGACCCAGCUUCCGAGCCCUUCCCACAUGGAAUGUGGGGGGAUUCCAGGACCUGAGGAUGCUGGUUCCAAACCUGCACUGCUGCCACCAGCCGAGGACAGGGAGGAUCCAGGGACCCCCGGGCUGCCAGAGAAGGGAGCGGUACCAGGACAGCUCGGUGACAGUGAGACGAUCGUGAUCAAGAUGGAAGAGCAGCAGCCGCAGGAGGACGGAGCUGAGCUCCUGGCACUGCCGAUGGCGCCCGCGGUGAGGCUGGACGAGGAGCUUCCCCUCAGCCAGGAGCAGCCGGUUUCCUGGGAGAGCCAUGGCGUGGCCGGGCCGAAGGCGGCUGGAGAGGGCUUGGGGGAAUUCUGCCUGGGGGAAUUCAAGCCAGUGAUGGUGCCGGUAGAGGCUCACCCUGCCCCAGGCCUGCCCUUCCCCACGGAGCACGCGCUGGGCGUGGGCACGGAGCAGCCGUUCGCCCUUGCCCAGGGAAUGCCGCUGGGAGAAGACCCCGCGGCCGAGGUGGCCUCGCCGCAGCCCGGCUGGGAGCAGCAGAGCCCCCAGGAUGAUCCCCGGGCGCUGCCGUCGGGCUGGAAGAGCGUCCGGCUGACGCGGAACCUCCUGGCGCGGCAGCAGAGCCGGGCGAGGAAGAGCAACGGCUCCUUCAUCUGCACGUCCUGCGGGAAGAGCCUGGCCCACCACGCCGCGCUGCUGCGGCACCAGCGCCUGCACACGGGUGAGCGGCCCUUCCAGUGCCCCGCCUGCGGGAAGAGCUUCAACGAGAAGUCCAACCUCAAUAAGCACUACCGGAUCCACACCGGGGAGCGGCCGUACCGCUGCCCCGCCUGCGGCAAGGGCUUCGUGCAGAAGCACCACCUGCAGAAGCACCAGCGCAUCCACGGGCCGCAGCUCCGCAGCGCCUGGCCGGGCCGGCCGGCGCGGGCCAGUGCCGCCGGGGAGCGGCUCUACCGCUGCAUUGAGUGCGCCGAGAGCUUCCCCCAGAAAGCGUCGCUGGAAGAGCACCAGCGCCGGCACACCCAGCAGCGGCCCUUCCAGUGCCACAGCUGCACCAAGAGCUUCCGGCACCGGCAGUCGCUGAACCACCACCAGAAGGUGCACGCCGUGGCCGCCUCUCCGGCCGGCAGCUUGCCAGGACACGAGCCGGAGCUGGAACCCUGCAAGGCUCUGAGCCAGGAUAAUCGGUAGCCAGAGGGCUGGAGAAGGGAAGGGACAGUGGUUCUUCAGCGGUGGGACAUGCUGGGCAGCUGGGACUUGCGGCACCACCGGGAGUUUGUCCGCGAUGCCGUGGGACUUGUGGCACCACCUGGGUCUCAGGAUGAGGAGCAGGAGGAGGAGGAAGGAGGCUGCUGUGCUGUUCCGGCAAGGAAGGGCCCAGGGUGGAUGGGACCGGCCACGAGGCAGCAGAGGAGGGUCAGCAGCCGGAGCCGAGCUGGGCGGUGCCGCUGCCCCGUGGAUUCAGCAGAGGAGUGGCUGUGUUGGAUCCCAUGGAAUGGUGGAACUCGGGUUGUUUGAACACCACCACCGUGCAGGGAGGUGGCCUGGGGGCAGUUGGUGGCCCUGAGAAGGCUGUGGGGGCUGGGUGGCAGGAGCAGCCGGGAAGAGAAUCAGAUAAAAGACUGAGCUGC